ACAAAAGCGUUAAAAACAAAACUUUCUGCAGAUUAGUUUUUUUAAAAGCAAAGUUAUUAUAUAACAAUUGAGUGUUUGUAUUGUAACAUAACAAGUCAUGCAUUCCCUGCGUCAUAUUGUUCAAAGAAGCAUUGCUUCCAAGUUUGCUUCACCCACCACAAAUGUAACAGCUUUCAGAGCUUACCAUGAAAAAGUGAUUGACCAUUAUGAAAACCCAAGAAAUGUUGGGACACUUGAUAAAAAGUCAAGUUCUGUUGGGACUGGGUUGGUUGGAGCACCAGCAUGUGGUGAUGUUAUGAGGCUUCAAAUUGAGGUGGAUGAUUCCGGAAAAAUUGUUGACGCAAAGUUCAAAACCUUCGGAUGUGGAUCUGCAAUCGCUUCGAGCUCACUGGCCACCGAGUGGAUAAAAGGAAAGUCGGUCUCUGAGGCUGCGACCAUCAAAAACACACAGAUUGCAAAGGAACUGUCUCUACCACCUGUCAAGUUACACUGCUCCAUGUUAGCAGAGGAUGCCAUCAAAGCCGCAAUAAAGGAUUACAAGAUAAAGAGUGAAUCGAAGAAUUGAAACUUUUUAUUAUCUCUCAUUUUUCAUGUGUUAAAUAAAAAUGUAGAUUUGUUUGCCUCAGUGUCUCUUUGUUUAACUUUACUUCUUGAAUUAAAUUAAACUUCCCAUUUUAUUGCAUGCAAACUAAAAUUGUGCGAAUUUUUGUUUUUUUGAGGUUAGUUGUAAAUCAAUAUUCCUGUUCUUAUGCUUUGUCUUUUUUGAAAACAUUUGUGUGUUUGCAUUGGUCACGGUCAGCCAUUCAUUUUUCAUUGUAAUUUUUAUUGCAUUCUGUUUAGGUUUUUGGGACACAUCUUGAUAUUUAUAAACUAAUAACACAAACCAGUCUAUGUUUACAUUCUUAUGGUAGAAUUAGACACAACAUUGUUUAUGAAAUUUGUCAAAUAUUUGUCUUAGAUCUUAAGUUCUGUGGUUUGGCUGGUGUGUUUUAAUUUAUUUCAUUUUCUCCUUGUACA